AUGUGGCGCCCUAGGUGGGAUCCUGGCAUCCUGAAGGCCGAGGCCCUGGCCCUGCUUCCCUGCGGCCUGGGUAUGGCGUUCUCUCAGUCACACGUGAUGGCCGCCAGGCGACACCAGCAUGGCCGACUCAUCAUUGAGGUGGACGAAUACAGCUCCAACCCUACCCAGGCCUUCACCUUCUACAAUAUCAAUCAGGGCCGCUUUCAGCCACCGCACGUGCAGAUGGUGGACCCCGUGCCUCAUGACGCCCCAAAGCCACCUGGCUACACACGCUUUGUCUGUGUUUCUGACACCCACUCAAGGACAGACCCCAUCCAGAUGCCCUAUGGUGAUGUGCUGAUCCACGCCGGGGACUUCACGGAGCUGGGGCUCCCAAGUGAGGUUAAGAAGUUCAAUGAAUGGCUGGGCAGCCUGCCCUAUGAGUACAAGAUCGUGAUUGCGGGCAACCACGAGCUGACCUUCGACCAGGAGUUCAUGGCUGACCUCAUCAAGCAGGACUUUUAUUACUUCCCGUCCGUGUCCAAGCUGAAGCCGGAGAACUAUGAGAAUGUGCAGGCGCUGCUGACCAACUGCAUCUACCUGCAGGACUCAGAGGUCACUGUGCGUGGCUUCAGGAUCUACGGCUCCCCGUGGCAGCCCUGGUUCUAUGGCUGGGGAUUCAACCUCCCGAGAGGCCAAGCAUUGCUGGAGAAGUGGAAUCUCAUCCCAGAAGGUGUUGAUAUUCUUAUAACUCAUGGACCACCACUGGGCUUUCUAGACUGGGUCCCCAAGAAGAUGCAGCGUGUGGGCUGCGUGGAGUUGCUCAACACAGUCCAGAGGCGAGUCCAGCCGCGGCUGCAUGUCUUUGGCCAUAUCCAUGAAGGGUAUGGUGUCAUGGCAGACGGGACCACCACCUACGUGAAUGCAUCCGUGUGCACUGUGAACUAUCAGCCUGUGAACCCUCCCAUAGUCAUUGACCUUCCCACGCCCCGGAACUCCUGA